AUGAACGCCGCACUCCUUGAUCCGUUUGGACAGGACUAUCCAGAGUCUGUAGAGAAUACGCUCGAUGAAUACGCAGUGUGCGCACGGUUCAAUAGGACCGGGCGCUUCAUUGCUGCAGGGAGGCCAGAUGGAAAGACUAGCAUAUGGGACUUAGAAACGAAAGGAGUUGUUCAGGUUUUUACUGGACACGUAAAAACAAUAACAAGUGUCAGCUGGUCGCGAAAUUCACGUUACCUCUUGACGUCUUCUAAAGACUGGAACUGCAUAAUAUGGGACAUGUCAAACGGGGAACGUUGCUCGACUGUCCGAUUUGACGCGCCAGUCCUGCAGGCUUCGUUUCAUCCUCGAAAUAGUAAAGUGUUAUUGGUCACAUUACAGACACAACAAACGAUCCUUGUGGAUCUCCGAAAAGCAACCCGAAGCCGGACAGAGCUAAUGGAUUCUCAAGCACAACAGCCAGAAAGAAUGAAAACAGUCACCGCAGUGUUUUCACCAGAUGGAAAGAUUAUCCAAGUAGGAACAUCCACUGGCGUGCUUGCAACCUUCAAUACGAGGACCAAAUCUAUGCUCAGUUGUACAAAGGUAUCCAAUGGUAACAGUAGCAUCAAACAUAUUGCGUGCGAUAACAGUGGAAGAUACCUGAUAGUAAAUUCCAAUGACAGAAUUGUUCGAGUUCUCGAGAUAACAUCCCAAACCUACGAUCUUGAGCUAUUGCACAUGUUCUCUGACCCUAUUAGCAAAACACCUUGGAACGGUAUAUGCUUUUCCGGCGAUGGGGAGUACGUUGUAGCUGGGGCUGGCCACAAGUCGGGUCAUCAUGUUUACAUAUGGGAUCGCUCUUCAGGUGCUUUAGUCAAGAUUUUGGAAGGCCCUACCGAGCCACUAGUUGACGCUGACUGGCAUCCUUUCCGCCCGAUUAUGUCUUCGGUGGCAUCUUCAGGCUUGAUCCAUAUAUGGAAAACCACCUACUCGGAAAACUGGAGUGCUUUUGCUCCCGGUUUUGAAGAGUUGGAAGAGAACGUUGAAUACCAGGAGCAUGAAGACGAGUUCGAUGUGGAGGACGAAGUUGAUGCUUUACGUCGUAAGAAGAUGGAAGAAGAUUUUGAAGUUGACGUCGAGACAGUUGAUCCCAUUAUUGUUGGGAAACAGGCAGGUGAAGCGCAAUCAUCGGGUCAAGACGAGGAUGAUCACUGGAUAGCCCUCGAACCAGAUGACGAUGUUGUUCUUGAUUAUGUACCAGUGCUGGACGUCCUGGAAAGAGAAAGUGAGGAGGAAGAUGAUACUUAG